UAAUAUUGAUCCUCAGGUUAUAACCAUUUCUGCUCUAACCAGUCUGUAUCAUACACCUAUAAACCUCAAAUAGCCGAACCACGAGUAAGUUGGAGCCAUUCCAGGGACUAUUGUAAUAAAUUCCAAGAUGGAUGUCUUGCUCGAGUAUGGAAUAAUAACACCUUCAGACAACUACACGAGAUGCUAUACAACUCCAUGGAAAACAAAUCAGAAAAAUACUGGGUUGGAAUUAAGUACUGGAAGCGAUUGCGUCAGUCAAAGGAUAUAUUUAAGUGGGAUAACGGAAGACGAGUCUCAGAUGAAGAAUCUAAAGAACUGCAAAAAAUUAUGGAUCGGUCAAGCGUUUCUGUGAUUCUUAUAUAUCCUUAUUGUAUUGCAAUUACGAGAGAGGACGAGCUAAAACCGAUGCACUGUUCUAAAGAGUUAAGUUAUGUAUGUCAGACUGACGCUAACGCGACAACAUCACCCCCUUCGGUCGCUAUCACAACAUCUUUUUCAACUGAAUCAGCAGCAACCACAACAUCUCUAACAACUGCUAGUACAGCAAAAGUUACAUCUAAACCCACUUCUAGUGCAACAGAAGUAACAUCUAAACCAGCUUCAAGUAUAACAAAAAAGAAACCCGAAAUAUCAGAAGCAAGUACUACUACUCCAACAAAAGAAAAUACUCCGACAACAGCAAUUAGCACAAAGCCAUCAGCUAUUACACCUCGCCCACUAACUGGGACAGAUGAGAAGGUAGAGUGCUUGAUAAGAAUUAUAACGAUAAUAGAAAAGAUGAUUAUGGUGGAAGGGAUGUGAUGA